GUGGGGGUGAAAGGGCAGAGGGAGGCGGCGCCAUUUUGAUAGCGAGGGGUUGCCAGCGCUCCCCUCCCCUACCCUCCCGCUGCCGGCAGUGCGCUGCUCGCCGGGGCGGCGGAAGACGGGCGGGCGCCUCUGCCUUGAGAUGCUUCAUGCUGAAAGUAGAGUAAGGCUCUUGGAGUGUCAGGAUGAAAUCACAAUUGAACCAUGUUCUAAAAAAAUGAAGUCAACAGAAGGGGCUUACGAGAAACUCUCCAAUGAUGAUAACCAAGGUGUUCAAGAGGAAGUAGACACUGAGAAAGCAUCAAAUGAUUUAAUACCAGUCUAUGCCUCAGAUAGCCAAGGACAACAUGAAAUGCAGAAGCGCGAGAAAACACCUCUUGGUGUCUUGGGAGCACUGCAUGAAGUGCUCCCUGAAUGUAAUCUAGUGCUUAGUCAGCCAACUGAUCCAGAAACCAUACAGAAUGUAAAUCCUCCAUCUGCAUCAAUAAAUGACACUAAAGUUGAAGAAAAGAAAGGCCCUUUUAUUACAAAUAGUGCUGGUGGAGAUAAUAUUAGAAAUAGCAGCACAUCAUUCUCAGUAAAUAGAAAUGCAUCAGAUGAAGAAUUUUUUACAAGCAAAGAAUUUAUCGGGCCAAUUUACAAGCCUGCUGAAAGUAACAAACAGGACAAAUCUGGCGGUUGCAAUGAGUGUAGAAGCAGUGAGGGAGAUGAAAAUGAAUUGCAUGAAGACAGAUCUAAAAGAAAGGAGGCAAAGAAGAUGCAGGCUGUUUCUUCUGCUGUACCAGAAAUAGAUGAUGAACUAGACCAGUUCUAUAAAGAAAUUCACCAGCUGGAAAAUGAAAAUUUAGAUACUAAUUUUCAAAAGAAAGAAACUGAAACUUCUCAGGAACAAUACUCUCCAUAUAACUGUAGUCAAACCUCACAAGAGGAUUAUCAAUGUGUGAUGUUGGGCAGCCCACAACCAUUUUAUGAGGAUGGACAGUGUUUCUUUGGGGAACAGAACAGUCAGAAAACAAGUGAUGCGCAGCAAUUUGUUGUGGAAGCAAGCAGCUGGAAAACUGAAAAUACCUUUGAUGGACAAGAAGAUUCUAGAUAUCAGAACUACUCAGUGCCUGAAUUCAGACCUGCUUGGCAGUCAACAGAGUCUUUCAUAGUACCUCAGGGACCUCUUCCUCCUAGAUUCAACCAUCAGUCACAUUUUCAGAUACUUAAUUCCCCACCACAAAACCCAAAUGCUGUCCCUUCUCAGAAUGCUGAACUUUCUUACAAAAAUUAUCAUGGUUACCAUGGAAAUACUGAUAUCAACAGCCAUGGUCCAUUGCUUGAUCAAAGUAGCAACUAUGCUGGUCAUAUUGAUAUCCAUACUACUCAGGUCUUCAGAAAUGGGAAUAAUGACCAGAAUGGACUCCACAGUAAUGGUUUCUGUGAAACCAGAGAAGAGUGUUGGAAGGAUCCAAAAGUUGACAAUACAGGAGUGCACAGCUUUUCUUCCUUGCAGUUACCUGAAGAAAGAUUCGUUUGUUCACAGAAAUUGCUCCUCAUCUUAAGAGGCCUACCUGGUUCAGGGAAAUCAACACUUUCUCGUAUUCUGCUUGGCCAAGGUCAUGAUGGCAUUGUAUUCAGCACUGAUGAUUAUUUUCGUCAACAAGAUGGAUAUACAUAUAAUGCUGCUCAGCUUGGUGAUGCACAUGACUGGAACCAGAAGAGAGCAAAGCAAGCAAUGGAGCAAGGAAAAUCUCCAGUUAUAAUAGACAACACUAAUACUCAAGCCUGGGAAAUGAAGCCAUAUGUGGAAGUGGCUCUAGAAAAGGGAUACAGAGUGGAGUUCCAUGAGCCAGAUACUUGGUGGAAGUUUGAUCCUGAAGAAUUAGAAAAGAGGAAUAAACAUGGGGUCACUCGUGAGAAGAUUGCUCAGAUGUUGGAACGAUAUGAAUAUCAAAUAUCCAUACCUAUUGUCAUGAAUUCAGUGAUACCUCCCCACAAAAACACUCAAAGGCCACCUCUGCAGCGAAGACAUAGGGAGACAAUUUUAAAGAAGAAUGCUGGGCGCCUGUUGACAAAAGCAAAGCAGAGGAAAAAGCGAAAAAGAAACAAAAAAAUGAAAGGCAAUCAUACAGACAUUAUGAAGAAAAAGUUAGGCAGAGCAGCUCAUCAUCCAAUUCCAGUUGUCCAGGACACAUCAGACAGUGAAGAGGAUGAUUCAGAAGAUAACAGCAAAUCAUUGUGUAUGUUCAGUGAAGGUCCAGAGGAUCCAGUAACAGUUCGUGAAAAGCAGUCUAGUGAUGAUGAUGAAAGCUUAAAAGAAGCUGCAGUGGUUGCAAGAGAAAGGCUUCCCAUUGCUGUGUCUGAGGUCUCAAUGAUGUUGAACAGUGCAUUGAAAAAUGAACUGCCUGUAGAAAGUGACAGUUCACUUCUAAUAGAUGUAAAACCUUUUUCUACUGAAAACCAAACCAAAAAUGCAUUUGAUGAUGAGGAAAAAAAUCAAAGGCACAAAGAAAAUCUUUGCAGAAGCAGUUCCCUAAAAAUAAGCAAUGAUAAAAAUUCCACCCAGGAAACAGAAGGCACCUCUGAAGAUUAUAACACACCACUGUUAAGCAUGGAAAACAAACUCAGAUCAUAUAAAAUUACAUAUGAACCUGACAUGGAAGCUAAACUGUUAAGUUUAAAUGGUGAAGGAAAAGAAAUCUCUCAGUGUUACGAUUCAAGCGUAUGCAAUUACAUGCCUGAUAAUAACACAGAGGAUAAAGGUGCAAUAAAAGCAGAAGAGAAUAGCUCUAAUGCCUGGGCUUUUUUUUCCAUUACUUUACCUACUGAGGAAUUGCAGUUGAGCUUUGAUACCCAAGUUUCUCUGUCUUCUUGGUCUGAGGAUAAAUUUGUAGGUGAACAAAGACCCCCAAAAAUCAGGAAACCUAAACAGAUUCAUACGAACAGUUCAACACAGCUAAACUGCUGUCGGUCAAAUGAAGGAUUGAUAAAGGAAAACCAUCAGGUAACAGUAACUGAGGAGGCUGGUAAUAUAAAUAAUGGCCUAUCAGCAUCUCCAGCUGGCGAAGUACACUUUGAUUCCCUUGUGGAAGCCAGGGCCACCUUCAUGCAGUGUUCGAGUGAAGUAAAUGUUCCAAGAAAUGACGCUGUGCCAAUUACAUCGAAGAGGAAAAGAUACAGAAGAAUUGUCAACUUAGCGCCAAGGUUUAAUUUACCAAGACAGAUCACUGGUAGUAUAGAGGGAGAGAAGGAGGUCCCAAGAAAAGAUGAUGUUCCCCAAAAAAGUGUUUUAGAAGUGGAGCAGAAGAGCUUUCUAAGCAAGGACCAUGGAGAGGAACAUGAGCAGAACUGUUCAUUGCAGGAAUAUUCUGCACUUUACAGUGGCACUGAGGCAACCUGUUCCUUACCCACCCCAGAUGCAGAUGCUCUGUUACGUGAUAUUUCUUACAUUGAUUUGGGACAAUGUCCUAUGCCAAAAUAUUCCUGCAGGGUUUGCGUAGUUUCCAGGACGGAGGAGGAACAAGCUAGAACUCUUGAGCAACAACAGGUAGUUGAUAAAAAAGAGGGCAAGAGUGAACAAGUUUCUUCAGAGGUUACAAAUAGCCAACCAGAUAUUUUGUCUUCUGUUAAAGUUGUUUCUGAAUAUCCAGAAGAUUCUAGUAUGUUGGCAAGCUGUGGUGAAAAUGUGCACGAAGCCAAUGACCCUGAGCCAGCAGAGGCCUCACAACUUGAAGAUAAUCAAGAUGUGCACAUGAAAUGUAGCUUUCUGGGACUUCCCUUAUCAUUAGGAUUUGCCUUUCAACUCGUGCAGCUCUUUGGUUCUCCGGGUCUUCCACUGGAAUCCUUGUUGCCAGAUGAUUAUAUAGUUCCUCUUGACUGGAAAGUUUCAAAGAUGAUCUAUUUACUGUGGAAGACCUCUGUGGAGGAGAAACAAAAAGCAAAUGGAUUGCAGAAUGGAAAUGCCUUGGCUGAUGAUAUUAUUGGUCUUGAAGAUCUAAAUGAAGAUGGCCAAGAGAACCAAGGCUCUUCUGAAACACUUCCAGGAAUGGAGCUGUUUCAAGGGGUGAUAGAGGAGAACACCAUGACUGAUGCUAGCACUGGCUGUCUGGAUGCUGUGUUUCAUAAAUCAUGAUUGACCAUCUUAAAUUCUGCAUGAAGGAAAAGAAACCUCGUUUGAUUCCACCAUGGAAGAACUUCCGUUGGCCACCAAAGAUUUUAAAUGUGAGAAAUAACCUGGAAGAAAGUAACCACGGUAGAUGUUUUGUUGUGAAUCUUUGGCCAUAUUCCCCCAACCCCCCACAGUCUCCCAAUACCAACCUUGUGUGUGGCAAAAGGUCACUUUCUGAAGCCAUUUGGGAUUUAUAACCUUCUCAGCACAUCCUCGAGUGCAGUACAAAGAGAUUGUGAGCAGAGACCAGUAAGCAGAAAGGAGGUGCCUGUCGGCCUGAGGCGUGAGCUUCAGGCUCUGGUAUUUAAUUCACCUGUAUCAGGAUGCCAGAUGUUGUCACGUGAACUGGUAGUGAUGCCUACCUGCAGGGAGAGGUUUCUGCCUGUUUCUCUGCUGUUCAUUAGGUGUCUUACCCUACUUCUGCCUGCUCUUACCUUUCAUCCUGUCCCUCAUAAUUACGUCCCAAUCGCUUUACAAUGUCAAGUGGAAUAAGUCUUCAUCAGUUACUCCUAUUCCUUCAUCCACAGAUGCACACCUUACCUUGUUUUCUCCUGAAACCAGGCUUAAUGCUUCCCUCUGACUGGACUCACUGGGGACUAUAAAAAUAAGGAGAAAAUUUCACUAUAGACCUGAUUCAAAGACAGUGUUUUGUGGUAGAGUGAUAAGACCUAUAACUAACAUUGGUAAUCAGUGAUUUGAUGGUUCUGUUAGUGGUAUUCCUUAUUCCAUUUUUUUUACUUAACAUUCUUAUGAUGUGAGGAGAGACUUAAGCUAAGAAGAGUUGCUUCUUUUUUUUCCUGUUUCUUUUUUUUUUUUAAUAUUGGGUUUUUCUUUCAAAAUUAAGUGUGAUGUUUAUUCCUCAGCUAGAACAGUAACCUUACUGAUAACAACUCUGUUACUGAGGAAAUUAUCCCAGUAACAUGAGUGGAGUGUUGAUUUCCUAGGGGAAAUGAGCAGCAGAAAUCAAUAAAACCUCAACAGUAAAAAUCUAAACUUCUGCUCAUAUAAAUGUCUAUGUAAGGCCCAGAGAGGUAUCAGAAAAGUCGGAAAUAUUUACAUAUGUAGAGUGAGCUAAAUUAUGUAGGUGAUGAAUUUCAACCCAUGUUCUUAAAAUACAAUUUCAUGGUCUGGGUUUUUUUUUUGUUUGUUUGUUUUAAGGUGUGAUUGAAUUCAUCUAAGUUCUUUUUUUCUGUGAAGGCUGUAAACAGGGCAAGCCGCCUGCACCAGCGCUCUGUUGCUUUUCUGGAGAAGCAUAAAACUACCCUGAUGUAUUGCUGUGGUCCAUAAAACGUGACAUGUUCUUUAAAGUGGUGCUUGUGAUUCCUGGGACUGGAGUGCUGAGGGUAGACCUAGUUGAUGAUGCUGAGGUGGCUGGUGCUUUCACCUGCAGAAGGAUGUGAGUGUAAUCGCAAACAGGAGUAGGAAAGCAGAAAGCAGGAGGUGUGGUGUGAUGGACCAGAAAGAGCAGGGGCUAUGGGGGGCAGAAGGAUUGUGAAGGAUCGCUAUUUAUGAGAAAAAUCAGGAGUGCCUGCAGAAAUAGCAAGUAACAAAAAUGAGACAGGCAGCAGAGAAUGGAGGGAGGUGAAAGGACAAAUCAGAAGACACCUAAUAAUAUAAUAAUUAAGGAGAAAAUUAAUCAGAAGGAGCAGUCUUUGUCAAUUAUGAGAUAAACUGUCACACAUAAGGCUGGAAAUUUCUUUGUAGUGAGAGGGAGUGGCAGAAAAGACAACUAACACCUCACUUCGGGUGAAAAGUGUGAGAAAAGAUCGAUGAGAAGAGGAGAAGCCAGGAAGAUUAGGUUGCACGUUCUUAUCAGUAGUAAUACUUCCCACUUCUGCAGCUUCCUGAUCCGGAAUGUUUAUCCAUUUAUUCAUUCAUCUCCUCUGUCUCAUCGUUCCCCGCACCCUUUUCGUUGUGCACCAGCUGAAGAGCCGUUACCAGACUGCAGUCAUGCUGAACCUCCACCGUCAUCUAAAUGGCUGGUGUGUCCCCACUCUCCACUCACAACAAAUACUGCGUAUAUGUGUAAGCAGUUAAAGAUGUAUGUAUUUCUAAAUUAAUAUUGUACCAUUGGCAAAAUUUAUUGGCUGCACUUUUUUUCAUGUAUUUCUCAUGAACAUGUGUGACUUUUUCCUUUCCUUGUUUGGAAACAUGCUGCUCUUCUGUCAGCAGAAUGUUAUGCAGAAUGUGAUGGGGAGGAGGAAGGUAAUUCACGCUGGCCACAACCACAGUGUCGGACUUACCUGAGUGGCAACAGAAAGUUAGUUUGAUUUCAAGAAAAUGUUGUUCAAGGGUUAAUAUUUUCUUCCUAGUUUUAUUUAUUGAGAGAGAGAUCUGAAUGCCUUUAUUUUCUGUAACUGAAUACUGACCUUCCAGAAUGCUUAAAAUAAAACAGUUUUCAAAA